AUGGCAUCGAAACUUUUACUACCCAAAGCAUCUAAACUAUGGCUUAACAAUUUACGACCUCAUGGUCGUCAUUUAGCUACAGCUACUCAACUUCUUCCAACGCUGCGUAAAACUAUUUUGCCUAAUGGCUUCACCGUAGCUACUGAAGAGAACCCAGCUUGUCAAACAGCCACAGUGGGUGUAUGGAUCGAUGCAGGCUCACGAGCCGAGAACGUCAAGAACAAUGGCUCAGCUCACUUUUUAGAACACAUGGCAUUCAAGGGAACACGAUCGAGAUCUCAAAGAGACUUGGAAUUACAAAUUGAAAAUAUGGGUGGACAUUUGAAUGCAUACACUUCUCGUGAACAAACUGUUUAUUAUGCAAAGGCAUUUAAAUACGACGUACCACAAGCUGUGGAGAUCUUAUCAGAUAUUCUCCAAAACUCGACUUUAGACCCAGGCGCAAUUGAAAGAGAACGAGAUGUGAUCCUUCGUGAACAAGAAGAAGUAGAGAAACAGAUGGAAGAAGUUGUAUUUGAUCACUUGCAUGCAACUGCCUUUAAGAAUGAACCUCUGGGAUUGACCAUUUUAGGACCCAAAGAAAACAUUCAGACACUGACUCGAACGGAUUUGUCAGAUUAUAUCAAAGCGAAUUAUACAGGCGAAAGAAUGAUCCUUGUUGGAGCAGGCGGUGUAGAUCAUGACGCUUUAGUUAGGUUAGCUGAGAGCCAUUUUGGCCAGCUGCCCAACAAGCUGAAUGAAUUAACCAGCAAGAGUGCGAUGAAAAAGGCGGUGUUUACCGGAGAAGAGUUUAGAUUACAUGAUCCUCAGUCAAAGCAAGCAUACAUUGCCGUCGCUGUCGAAGGCGCUAGUUGGACCUCUCCUGACUAUUUCCCGUUACUGGUGAUGCAAUCUAUCAUUGGUUCGUGGGAUCGAUCGCUGGGAGCAACUGGUCAACUGGAUUCUCGUCUUUCGUCUGUCCUACAUAACCAACAACUUGCUAACUCGUUCAUGACGUUCAAUACAUCCUACAAGGAUACAGGCCUUUGGGGUAUUUACAUGAUUACAGAAAAUAAGAAUCGUAUUGGUGAUUUAUUGGAAGCAACAAAGAGAGAAUGGCAUAGACUCUGCACAUCUGUUACAGAACAUGAAGUGCAGCGUGCCAAGCAGCAAUUGAAGGCAGGACUCUUAUUGAGCUUGGAUGGCAGUACGCCUAUCGCAGAGGACAUUGGCAGGCAGUUACUUACCUCGGGUGAACGCUUAUCGCCCAAACAGGUAGAAGAGUUGGUAUCAGGAGUGAGCGUAGAGGACGUUCGCAGGGUUGCUAGAGAACAUCUAGAAAAGGAUGCUGCUGUGGUUGGUAUUGGGGCCAUUGACAACAUGCCUGAAUUUAAUCGUAUCCACGUGUGA